AAGAUUCCCUGCUAUGACUAUAAAGCUACGUCUCACUGGCUCAACACCAUGCAGUGUAACUAUUAAUUUAGUGACAUUUAAUCUUGUACUUCGGCCCGAUUUGUAUGUGUAUUCCUACUGGUUUGAUUGCCUUUGAAUUUAAUAAUGGCGUGCCCCGUGAAUCACACAGUGGAGCUGAACCCAGUCCUCCUCCCUCUAGACUGGCUUCUGGGUACCUGGGAGUCAGAUGAACCUGGGGAGGGCUGUUAUCCUACUAUAAAACCUUUCCGCUACACUGAAACACUACAUUUCAGCCACGUGGGACAACCAGUCAUCAACUUCAUGUUCAAUGCCUUCCAUGCAGAGACCAAGAAACCGCUGCACAGGGAGUGCGGCUUCAUUCGAAUGCAGCCUGGAACCAACAGAGUGGCAUUUAUCAUAGCACAGAACUCAGGUCUGGUGGAGAUCGAGGAGGGAGAGCUGACAGCGCAGCAGAUUAACCUGCAGAGCCAGGCUCUGGCCAGGAUCUCAUUCGCCAAGGAGCCACAUGUACAGCAGAUUUCUAGAGUGUUUCAGCUGCGACCAGAUGGGAGACUGGAGCAGACAGUUUCCAUGGCAACAGACAACCAGGCACUGAAGCAGCAUUUGCACAUCACCUACCGUCGGUUAUCUUGACCCAGCAGGCUGACAGGCUUGUUGUACACAGAAAUACUUUGGUCAGGAAAUCUAAAUGUAGCUAAAAUAAAAGCUUGAUGUGUAAUCACAGUUGUGUCAGAUGAUAUAAACAGGUGUACAGCUAUACAAUGGUGUAAUUCUGUAAUGGUAAAGAAGUUAUGGUGUCAAAAUGUCAUAAUAAAGCUGUAAAGUGUCCAAUCAGUGGGAUAAAGUAUCAUAACAUGAUCAACAUAAUAAAUACAUGGGUGAAGAUUUA